UCACACAAGUAUUUCCGCAAUUACCAAAGUCCUCUCCCUUUGCCUCUUGGUCAUGAACACAUUGUUGAGGAGGUGCUGAAAGCUUUAAAGGAGCAGAUUUGGAUCAAAGAAUGAAAGAGUCAAUGGAAGAGGCUGGCUUUCCAAGUUUGUACUUGGUUUUAUUUCAUGAUGCAAUUCCUCCUUAAGUGCAAGAAAAAUUGUGUGGACCAUAACUCUGACUUUGAAGAAACCAGUGUCUCUUUUUACUUCCCAAAAAUACAGAGGUUGGAAAGGCAAGGAUUUAGAGAGCUAAGCCACCCCAUAUCCAUCUCAGGAAACUCCGAGGCCCUCUGGUCUUCCUCUGCAGUGACGGCACUUAAUCACACUCGCAGAGCUGUAAUGGACUUCACGUGCUUCGUCCCUUUCUUCUCCUCCUCCAACGAUCGUCUCUCCUCUUUCAGAGGGAUGUAGGGUCACGAGAAUGGGGAAACACCUUCCAUGGAGAAAACACACAUGCGCUUUCACAACACACACACACACACACACAGCUCCUCGCUGAGUUCUGAAUGGUGAGAGAACGGCACAUGCUGUAUGAGACAAACUUGGAUAGCAACAAUUCUCCAAACUAAAGUCUUCAAAUGGCUUGAAGGAGAAGUAAAUGGACCCACAAUCCUCGUCUUCUGAACAUUGAAGACUCAGGAGACCCAGGGAGAAAGCAGAGCAGAGAUACAGAGGGAAGAAGAGAAAAAGAUUUCUCUGUCACCUGACUUGUGGAACUUUAACAUGGGAUGAGCUCCUGACAUCACUUAAGCUGUGCACCAGUGUAUCCUGACUGAGAGCCCGACCAGAUUUUGGCUUCUGAGCUUUGACCCCCUUACCCCGGAGGGGCAGGGGGGGUCGACAGGGAGAAAAUGCGGUGUACCACCCUGUUGGCUCUGCUGACGGGGGUUGUGCUGUACCUGGUGAUGGGAGCGCUUGUUUUCGGCACCCUUGAGUACCCUGAGGAGAAUUUGGCAUACAAAGAUCUGCUCACUACCAAGAAGACCUUCCUGGAUAAUAACACCUGUGUCACCGAGGAGGACUUCCACGAGCUUGUGAAGAGAGUGGUGUCUGCGGUGGAGGCAGGCCUGGAUGUGAACAACAUUCCUCACAACUUCACCAGCCGCUGGGACCUAGCCUCCGCCAUCUUCUUCUGUGGUACCAUCAUUACCACCAUAGGUUUUGGGAACCUGUCUCCUCGGACGUGGUACGGCCAGUUGUUCUGCGUGUGCUACGCCCUGGUGGGCAUCCCCAUGUUUGGCAUAUUGCUCGCUGGAGUGGGUGACCACAUGGGCACAGUGCUGCGGAGAGCUGUGGCCAAGAUUGAGACCCUCUUCUUGAAGCGUAAGGUCAGGCCGACCACUGUGCGUGUGAUCUCAGCGGUCCUCUCUAUCCUGAUUGGUUGUCUGAUCUUCCUCGCUGUGCCAACAGUCGUGUUUCAGAACGUGGAGCAAUGGUCAUUUCUAGAGUCACUCUACUUUGUGGUCAUCACCCUCACUACUGUUGGCUUCGGAGACUACGUACCAGGUGCUGGUGGCGGCUGGUUCUUCAAGCCUCUGGUGUGGUUGUGGAUAGUGUUUGGUCUUGCCUACUUUGCCUCCAUUCUCACCAUGAUAGGCAACUGGUUGAAGGUGCUGUCUAAGAGGACCCGCGCUGAGAUGGAGGAGUUGAGGGCCCACGCUACAGACUGGACCCAGAACAUUCAGAACAUGUCCAUGGACUUCCGCAUCCCUAACCCUCUGGAGUUUAACGACCCUUUCCUCCUGCAGCGCCGGCGCUGGAAGCGCAGUGAGCGUCGGCGCAUCCGUCGGGGAGCCGAGGGCACUCUGGGGUACUUGGCUCGAGGAGGAUCUGAGAAUGGACACCUGCCGAACCGCUGGGCCGGCCUCUCUAGCUCCAUGAGUCAGCUGGAGGCCCAUUCCUCUCUUGAGAGAGCGUUGGUGGCCAAGUCCAGGACACGGGUCAUUGCUGCUGGAGUUGGAACGGUCUCGAAAUUGGUGCCUGCGUUGAGGGUUGACCCCGCUGUGGGCCUGCAGGUGGAGGGCAGGUCGUUUCCUCACAUGCUGACCCGCUCAUUCUCCCUCCCUGUGGCCCACUCCACCUUAGAGCUGGACUCUGCAGGUGCAGCCAUGCAGGGAGGACCCCACACUGGAUCGGAAUCUUCUUUUGACUCCAGAUCAGAUGUCUCCUCGGUCUCCUUGUCCUCCUUGGCACUCCGCAAGUUCCCGCAGUGCCAUACAGUCAGCAGCAUGGAGGUGGGAGGAGUGAAAGCCGCAGACAUAAACCCAGCACAAGAGAAAGACCAGCUGAUUCCAGCAAAUAAAUGUGGAACUGUAGACAACAAAAGCUGCAGACAUGUACCUGCUCCUGCUUUGCUUCCUCGCUUCUCCCCUCUUCCUUCUUCUCGCCCUCCUUCUUGCCACUCAAUUCACCUGCCCUCCCCUCCCCUCCAUGCUGCCUUCAUACCCAGCUGCCAGCUGCUGGAUUUCUUCGGAGAGAAUCUGGCAUACAUCGACGAGUCCUCGGACACUCUGAGUGACCGCGCCCAGCCAGGAGCCAGAGAGGAGAGGAGGAGACGGCCACGAAAGCCCAAGAGGAGGAGCAUGAGGAAGCAGCUGUCACACAGCUGGAGCCCCGUGCAGGUGAGGAGGCCCAACAGUGACAUGCAGCCGCCGUCAAAUCCCCCCACUCCGCCUCCAGACUCAUCUCUUUCAGACGUGCCCCAAUCAGAGAACCAGGCCGGUUCAGUUCCAACACUCUGACACCAUUCACGUGUCAUAAAGCUGUGGGUUGACACACUCCAAGACCACUCAGAUUCUAAGAACAUAUAUAACACAUGCAGAUCUCACCUUCAUAAAUAAAGCUGAUGUGCCAGGAUAUUUAGUAUUUAAGGUUAGCCUCACAGAGUCAGCCCACAAUUUUUUUUUUUUUACUUUCUGAUCUGACAAAGCCCAAUGGACAUUUGAUCAAUGCAGGAAAUUCGUUUUGUGGGCUGUACAAUAGAUGAUUGACACUACCUCCUUUCAGACAUGGCAAUGAUAAACAUGAACCUGUUGUAGUCCAGACUGAAUAAUUGCAUCAAUCA